CCGAAGAGGACAGUUGCAACGAUGGAUUGUCUGUGGACCUGGUGUCCGAUAUUCCGCCGGCGCUCUUCCAGCCCCGCCGAGCCGGAGACGCCCGACAGAAACGAGGCUAAAGAAAAGAAAAAAGGAAAGAGAAAGUGGAAGAACAUCUUCAGCAGGAAGCGUAAGCCGAAAGAUGCAGGAAAGCUGCUGGAAGAGGCUCUGGAAGACAAAGUUCUCCAGCAGCCAGAAGGUGAUCAGGGUCUGGAGCUACACUCCAGCUUGGAGGACAUUUCACCUGGUGUACUGGAGAUCCACGCUGACCCUGAGGCAGGAGCUCUGGAACACACCAGCCUGGAUGAGACCAGGGACAAUGCUGAGAAGCUCCUGCCUGUCAGAGAGCUCGAAGCUGAAGCCCUGAAACACACCAGCCUGGAUGAAACCAGGGACAAUGCUGAGAAGCUCCUGCCUGUCAGAGAGCUCGAAGCUGAAGGCCUGAAAUACACCAGCCUGGAUGUGACCAGGGACGAUGUUGAGAAGCUGCUACCUGUGGAGGAGCUUGAACCUGAGGCUGAAGCCUUGAAAAACACCAGCCUGGAUGAGACCAGGGACGAUAAUGAGAAGCUCCUGCCUGUAAAGGAGCCUGAACCUCAGACUGAAGCCUUGAAAAACACCAGCCUGGAUGUGACCAGGGACGAUGUUGAGAAGCUGCUACCUGUGGAGGAGCUUGAACCUGAGGCUGAAGCCUUGAAAAACACCAGCCUGGAUGAGACCAGGGACGAUAAUGAGAAGCUCCUGCCUGUAAAGGAGCCUGAACCUCAGACUGAAGCCUUGAAAAACACCAGCCUGGAUGAGACCAGGGACGAUGCUGAGAAGCUCCUGCCUGUCAGAGAGCUCGAAGCUGAAGCCCUGAAAUACACCAGCCUGGAUGAGACCAGGUACGAUGCUGAGAAGCUGCUACCUGUGGAGGAGCUUGAACUUGAGGCUGAAGCCCUGAAAAACACCAGUCUGAAUGAGACCAGGGAUGAUGCUGAGAAGCUGCAUGUGAAGGAGCUUGAACCUGAGGCUGAAGCCUUGAAAAACACCAGCCUGGAUGUGACCAGGGACGAUGAUGAGAAGCUCCUGCCUGUAAAGGAGCCUGAACCUCAGACUGAAGCCUUGAAAAACACCAGCCUGGAUGAGACCAGGGGCAAUAAUGAGAAGCUCCUGCCUGUAAAGGAGCCUGAACCUCAGACUGAAGCCUUGAAAAACACCAGCCUGGAUGAGACCAGGGACGAUGCUGAGAAGCUCCUGCCUGUCAGAGAGCUCGAAGCUGAAGCCCUGAAAUAUACCAGCCUGGAUGAGACCAGGUACGAUGCUGAGAAGCUGCUACCUGUGGAGGAGCUUGAACUUGAGGCUGAAGCCCUGAAAAACACCAGUCUGAAUGAGACCAGGGAUGAUGCUGAGAAGCUGCAUGUGGAGGAGCUUGAACCUGAGGCUGAAGCCUUGAAAAACACCAGCCUGGAUGAGACCAGGGACGAUGCUGAGAAGCUCCUGCCUGUGGAGGAGCUUAGACUUGAGGCUGAAGCCUUGAAAAACACCAGCCUGGAUAAGACCAGGGGUGAUGCUGUGAAGCUGUUGCCUGUGGAGGAGCUUGGACUUGAGGCUGAAGCCUUGACAAACAGCAGCCUGGAGACCAGGGAUGAUGCUGAGAAGCUGCUGCCUGUGGGAGAGCUCGAAGGUGCGGCUGAAGCCCUGAAGGACCCCAUGAAGACCAUCCUGGUAGAGUCUGAGGAGACCAAGCUUCAGAACGGAAAAGACACUGAAGCUGACCAGGAUGACCAGGAUAAGCCUGAGGAAACCACCGAGGAGCUAAAGAACCGAGCUCACAAUGAUGGAGAGAAUUUAGUCGGCAAAGGUGAUGAUGGUGGCAUAAAUGGAGAACACAGCUGGAAAAAGAAAACCAGGAGAGGAACCCGGGGACACGGCCGGAAAAUAAACCACAAAAAGAACGAUAAUGAAGGAUCUAAGAUAAUAAACGCGAUGAAGGUUGAAGAUGAAGCAGAAGCUGAGGUCGCUGAGAUCAAGAACGUCCACCCUGAUGAGAAGAUGGGCGACCUGCUGAAUCCUGACCAACCUCUGGUUGAAGACUUCAUGAUGAAAGUGUUGGCUAGUACGGAUGAGACUAAAGCCCUUGAGAAGGUGGAUGCUCAAGCCAGUGCUCACACUUUAAACCAGCAAUUGGAGAAGAAACCAAAGAGGAUGGAGAAGAUAACGGAAGUGCUUCUGGAAGCAGAAGCCGAAGCUGAAGCUCAGGCGGAAGCCGACGAGGAGCAGAAGACUGGACGCUCAGAGGCUUCGGAAACGACCGACCUCGUACCUCCAGUCAAAAAGAACAAAAAGAGGAAGGAUGAUGCCAAUAAUGCAGUGAAACGGCAGAAGAAGACCGGACGAGGCACCCAAGGUCGCGCAAAUCAACUACAAAAAAGACGCCAACAGCAACAAAGAAGAAACGAGUGCUGCAGUGAAGCUUCCUGUCGACCUCAGCGACUAUGUGUUCAGUAAUAAAACUAAUAAAACAUAACAGCAAAC